AUGUCAUCGUCCAAGAAAAUCGCUAUUGUAGGCUCGGGCAACUGGGGAAGUACGAUUGCUGGUCAUGUUGGUGAAAAAGUUCUUCAAUUACAAGAUGAGUAUGACCAACAGAUUGUGAUGUGGUGUAAAGAAGAAAUCUUAGAUGAUGGAAGUAAAUUAACUGAAGUCAUCAAUGAAAAACAUGAAAAUACCAAAUAUUUACCGAAUAAAAUACUUCCCGAGAAUGUUCUGGCAGUGCCUGCUCUUGAUGAAGCUGUUAAAGAUGCAGAUAUUCUUAUCUUUGUCAUACCACAUCAAUUCGUAAAACAAACAUGCGAAGAAUUAAAGAGUAAAGUUAAAUCGGAUGCAUUUGCUAUCACGUUAAUCAAGGGUUUCUAUGUUGAUGAAGAAACCAAUGAAUUGCUACUUGUUUCAGAGAUUAUCAAAAGUACAUUGAACAUUCCGUGUUUAAGUAUGAUGGGAGCGAAUAUUGCCAAAGAAGUCGCUGAUAAAGUUUUUUGUGAAGCCACUGUUGGCUCUCGUGAUAGCAGACACAGCGAAAUCGUUCGACAGCUGAUCGAUCGUCCUUAUUUUCGUGUUCGUUUCUAUCCCGAUGUUGAAAUCAUCGAAAUACUUGGCGCUUUAAAGAAUGUCAUUGCUAUGUGCGCUGGUUUUGCUGAUGGAUUAAAAGCUGGUUUUAACACUCGUGCAGCUAUUCUCCGAUUGGGUUUCCGUGAGAUGAUAAACUUCUGUCGAUUACAUGCCAAAGAAUCAUCGCCAGAUAUUUAUCUUGAAUCAUGUGGUAUCGCUGACCUAAUUGCAUCCGCACUCGGCGGACGUAACUACAAUGGAGCAAAGAAAAUGGCCGAGACAAGUCGAUCGCUAGAAGAUAUCGAACGAGAAGAUCUUAAUGGACAACUAUUGCAAGGACCAGGAACAGCAAAAGAAGUUUAUACAUUUCUGAAAGGAAAGAAUUUAUUGGAUCAAUUUCCAGUCUUCCGUGAUGCAUAUCUGAUUUGUCAAGGGCAAGUUGAACCUAAACAAUUGUUGGAAAACUUAACUCAUCAUCCUGAGUACAAUGAAAAGUAA